AUGAGCGUAGCUCUCGUGACAAUGGAUUCCGCGUAUGGCCUUCGACUGGGAAUUGGCAGCCAUCACCACCACCACCACCACCACCAUCAUCACCAUCAUCGGGUGCGCUCGCCCGAGAGUCACGUGGUUCCUCAUCAGGAUCAACAACCAGAUCAAAAAGACGACAUCGACGAUGUGCCAUUGAGAUUCAGCGUGGUAAACAUUCUCAGACCGGAUUUUGGCCGAGAGGCGAUUCUCAACACGAAAGCACCGAAACAGACCAAUUUGGUGGCCGAUCAUUCGACGACGAUCCCGGUCCCGAUCUCUCGUCACAGUCCUCUUUCUUUGCCACGUGAUUUGAGCCUGUCGUCGAACCGAUUGUCACCUACGAGGCCACAGCCCAGCAGUUUCUCCGUGCAUAGAGAAAGGGAUCUGUUCUCUUCUCACUGCGGGCUAACAUCACCCCUUCAGAGGAGCUCUACUGGCCUCAGCAGAAGCGGAAGUCUCGAGAGCUUGGCCAGCAGCAGAAGCUCGGUCACCGGAAGCUCCGUUACCGGAGCACCUUCAUUGGGUUCCACGUCCUCUACCAUUGGCAGCGACUCCUUAAGCGGAGAUAGCAGUUCCGGAAAUACGUCUAGUGCCACCACCAACUCGGCUGGACUCAACGGACAAAGUCCCUGGCCUGCGUGGGUUUACUGUACCAGAUACUCGGACAGGCCUUCUUCCGGACCGCGAACGAGGAGGGUGAAACGAUCGCAGAGCGGGAAGAACGGCUCGCCGGAGGAGAAGAGACCGAGAACGGCGUUCAGCGCGGAACAACUGGCCAGGCUGAAGAGGGAAUUCGCGGAAAAUCGAUACCUGACCGAGAGAAGGCGGCAGCAGCUCUCCCGAGACCUGGGCUUGAACGAGGCGCAGAUUAAGAUCUGGUUCCAGAACAAAAGGGCAAAAAUCAAGAAGGCCAGCGGGCAGAAAAAUCCGCUGGCUCUUCAAUUGAUGGCCCAAGGUCUGUACAAUCACUCGACGGUGCCCGUUGACGAAGACGGCGAGGAAGUCGUGACUGGAAGCAAUCAUUCGCACUAAUGACGAGCAACGUGUCCUCGAGAAAGUCGCUCGUUGUUCGUCGUUCUCGAGAAAUUUUCAUUACAUGGCCGGCCACUCGCCGCGUCGCAACAACGUUUCCAACAUUUCCUCGAACGGAAAUGAUCGCGAAAUCAUUUGAAAUCGAUCACGUGUCUAAUCGGAAUUUCGUACGCGUUUAGAAAUGGGAAACGUUUGAAGAAGUAAGAAAUGCGACAAUAUUUAUCGUUGAUCAGGACGGCAGGAUCUUGAUCUACUUACGUAGCUAUGCUAAGCGAUUACCAAAUAAUUUUUUACUUUAGCUUAGACGUAGCUGCAACGAUGCUUCUUGAAACAGAGGAAUCUGGAGCGAUUUGUAAAUCAGAGAAAGAUAUAGAUAGAUAAAUAGACAGAGAGAGAGAGAGAGAG